AUGACCGGGAAAAAUCCCAAACACAACCCAGACGGGGUAAAUGCUAAAGAUGAUGCAGUUCAGCCAGAUCGACAUAGUACCCCUGCAACCCCCAAAGUCCCUACAAUUAUGGAAACCUCCAGAUCAACAAGGGGCUUCAAGUCAACUCCAAUAUUGAAAAACAUUCAUGGGCGUUCUAGUACUAAAGUUGCAAUUCCUCGUCAAAGUACAGGCUAUACUCCUCGUUACAACCGAAGAGUCCCCCGGGCUUGUGAGUCGUGUAGACAACGCAAAACAAAAUGCAGUGGUGAUACCCCAGUAUGUCGACAAUGUCGUGAACUAAGGGUCUCUUGCCAAUACCCUGUGGGAUGGCGAGACAAAAUGAAACAGGAACUUGACCGACUCUCUGCGGAAGUGCAGGAGUAUGAGAAUUUUCUGGAAGAAUUACGAUCGAGCGCUGAAUCUCGAACGGCUGAAUGGGUCACCGAGCUUAUGGACAAAUAUGGCUUAAAGGGAGAUAAUCGAGAAAAUAAUAAAUUCUUGAUGCCUACCCCUCAAAAUGAGAUGGAACCCGACGAACCAUCUCCGCUUUCAUCUAUUGGGUCACUGGAGGCCAUCGACCGACUAGACGAAGACCCAAAUCGAUCCGAAGACACUCGAACAACUGGGGUGCUGGGCAAAAGCUCGGAAAUUACGUGGAUGCAACGAGUCCAGAGAGAGGCAGAGCAACGAGCUCAAGGGAACUCAGGGACCUUGGAAUCGAAUACAGCCGAUGACGAAGAAAAGGAAGCAUUUUCUCUUCAUGCCCUAAACUACCACCUUGACGACCUGGAUAUUUCUGUCCCUGAACCUGUUCAGCUGUACGCCAUGCCCUCUCGACAAUUAGCCGAUCAACUUUUGAACGAUUACUUCCAAAAAACACAUCCAUUCUUCCCCAUUCUCAGCAAACAACUAUUCCGCGGACAAUAUCACGCCUUCCUCGACUCCGCUUCCCGACCGGGCGACAAAUGGCUCGCGGUUCUCAACAUCAUAUUUGCGAUUGGCGCCAAACAUGCCCACCUAAUCAAUGCAGCGUGGCGGGGUGACGAUAAUGAUCACUUAGUCUAUCUCACUCGGGCCAGGCUUCUCAGCAUGAACAGCGAAGUCCUGUUCAGUCAUCCGGACCUCCAACAAGUCCAAGUCGAAGGACUGAUUGCAUUCUACCUACUAGCGUCCGACCAGAUCAACAGAGCAUGGAGAAUUUCUGCUUUGGCCGUACGGUCGGCAAUUACUCUCGGCAUCAACCUCAAGAUCACCAGUCCCAAGACCCCCAGCAUCACCAAAGAGGCCCGGUACCGGGUGUGGUGGUGCUUAUACAGUUUCGAGCAUAUGUUGGGCAUUAUGACUGGCCGGUCCAUCUAUAGUCUCGACGGAGGAUAUGCUACUCCCUUACCGCUCCCAUUCGAAGAAGAACAGCUACAGGAAAAUCCCGCAGCUGCUGAAGUUCUGAACAACCCCACCCUACGGGACGCGCUGGUCGGCAAUGUGAUGGCGAGUUCAUGGAUACGACCGACCGGCGACAAAGACGAUUUACACAAAACUCGACUACGCGACCAAACGUGGCUUAAGAACUUGCCCGUCAAUUUCGGACUGUGUUACCUCUACUACAGUGAUUUGACAGUCGUUACGCAGGAGAUACUCAACAAAGUUUAUACAACAACGGCAGUUCUGCUUCCCUGGUCGGAAAUCGAAAGCCGACUAGACGACCUGAGGUUCCGUAUUGAUCUAUGGAAAUCAAGCCUGCCCGCCUCUCUUGACUUUACCCAAGAAGAAGCCGACGACAGUCCAGACCACCUUCGCUGUAAAUUGUUUUUGGCCUUCCAUUACUACAGCGCCAGGAUCACUCUGGGCCGACCAUGUCUUUGUCGACGUGAUGCACGGCAACACAACGCACCGCAAACGUUCAGCCAUACAAUGGCACUGAUUGCCUUGGAAUCGGCCAACGGGAUGCUAGACUUGAUCCCUGACAAACCAGAUGUUGUCCAGCUGUACCAGGUCUGCCCCUGGUGGUGCGUACUUCGAUACCUCAUGCAAUCCGCCACAGUCUUCCUCCUCGAACUGUCAUUCGGCUGCGUCCACAAUCCAAAAGAGGAACACAAGUACGUCUCAUUGACCAAGAAGUCCAUUCGCUGGUUCUACGCCAUGUCCGAGCACAGCAUCGGAUCCCGACGCGCCUGGCAGAUUUGUGACUCCAGCUUCCGCAACCUAGCAGGCGGCAUGAAGUACAACACCGACGAUCUCCCCGGCCAUCCAGACCCAGAGCGCACUACAGCCGAACCCGCACCUUCCUUCCCGCCCGAAUCUAGCCACAAUGUUCCUUCCGGUGACUUUUUCACCCUGCCAACUGAGGAUCUCCACCUCUUCGGUUCUCACCCCAUACCUGAUGGAGAUACCUUCCCGAGCUCUUUCAACUUCACAACACCAGAUCUCAUGUCCUCAUUGCAUGGACACACUGAUAUGACUGAUGAUUCCUACUUUCCAUACGACCCUCUCAGCGGAGAGUUUAUCAGAUCUUUCUUUCCAUCUUCGGAGGAAGAAACCAAAAACUGA